AUGUCGUCCGGUAGUGAAUUUGCUCAUGCCCUCGCUGGCGCCGGUGGUGGUGCCCUUUCCAUGAUAGUCACUUAUCCUUUGGUGACAUUAUCCACAUUAGCACAAACUACAAAGAAAAAAAAAGAUGAGGAUACCGACAAGAAAGCGGGGUUGCGGGACGUGAUUCGUCAGAAAGGAAUUGGCGGGCUUUACUCCGGGUUGGAGAGCGCCUUGUACGGAAUUACACUCUCCAACUUCAUCUACUACUACUUCUAUGAACUCUCGUCAAAUGCCUUUCUCCAGGCAAAAGUAGCCGCGGGAGGCUCGCGCAGAAAGAGAGGUUUGACCACGGUGGAGCUGAUGAUUACUGGUGCGGUUGCAGGUGCCAUCACGGUGAUUGGAACGAACCCGUUUUGGGUCGCCAAUACUCGUCUGAUGACCCGCACCAAAGAAGAGGGUACACGGAGUCGGUCUGCGUUCAGGACAAUGGUAGAUAUUGCACAAACGGAUGGUGUAGGAACUUUGUUUGCGGGAGUGUUUCCUGCCCUUGUACUUGUGAUCAACCCGAUCAUUCAAUACACCAUCUUGGAGCAGUUCCGCAAUGCGAUCGUGGCCUCUAGCGGUGUUGCUGCAUUCACUUCGGCAAAAGCGUUUUUGAUUGGUGCUUUGGGGAAAUUGGUGGCCACCACAUUGACUUAUCCCUAUAUCACACUUAAGUCCCGCAUGCAUGUGAAAAAGAAGCAGGUUUCGGACGAGCAAGCUAAGGAGUUGUCGAUGUGGCAGGAAAUUCGUAAAAUUAUCCACGAGGAAGGCUUGGAAGGCUUAUACCGCGGUUUGGCUGUUAAGUUGUUCCAAUCUAUCAUGACUGCUGCCUUCUUGUUUUAUUUCAAGGAGGAAUUGAUGGUCGGCAGCAUCAAGUUGGUGAGAAUCUUACAAGGCCGUCGUCUUAAAAAGUUGCUCUAA